AAAGAAAAAGAAGAGAAUAUAAUUUUUCUUUAGUGAGUCAAAAAAUAAGUAAAUAAAAAAAGAAAAAUUGUCAAUCUCCAUUCAACUCACUGAAGUUAGUAGAAUCUAAUCUAAUCUAGUAAACUAGUGUUGUAGUAGUUUGAGUUUAAGGAGGUUUUAAAGCCUUUUGUCGAUACAUACAGUAAUAUACACAUUACAAGCCUUACAAGCCACGCAUUUAAACACAAGAAAGUUACACACUUUAGCUAUGCUAUGCUAUGCCCCAUCAUCACCAUGGGACACAACUCUGUUCUGUAGUAGUAUUCUCUCUACACUCCUAUGCACGACACAACACAACAACCUCUUUCUCUCUCCUUCUUCCUGUGGCUGUCAUUUUCAUUGUUGCCUCUGCCUCUGAUAUUACUGCUUUCGAUUCUUUGCUUCUCUUCUUCAAUUCAACACCACAUUUUCUUUCUUCCCACAUAUCCAUUCCUUCCUUUCUCUGUCGUUUUCCCCCACUUCUCUAUGUCUUCAGGUUGCACCUUUUUAAUAUCAAUACGACAAUAACGAACUCCAACGACGUACCCCAAAUGCUUCCCCUCCCCAUUCUCGAUUUCAAGGAUUUUCAGGACAACCUUGUCACCCGUUUCAGGCCUUGGCAACGCUCCUUUCAGUUUUGGAUUCGAGCCGUUGAUAUCUAUACUGGCUACAAGGUUUUUCAGGUUCGAGUGAGUUUGGUUAAAGAUGCGAGGAAGCAGCAUGAAAUGUGGGAGAGGCAGCAUGAAUUUGCGGCGGAGAAGAUAUAUUCUAUGUGUGCUGACCUCGGCGGCUUCUUUCUCAAAGUUGCUCAAAUUGUUGGGAAACCGGACUUGGCUCCAGCUGCGUGGGUGAGAAGGCUAGUUACACUGUGUGAUCAAGCUCCUGCAACUUCAUUUGAUGUAGUCAGACAUGAGCUGGAGAAGGAGUUUGGUCGAAAUGUUUGGGAUCUGUUUGAAACAUUUGACGAGUACCCUCUUGGUUCAGCCUCAAUUGCACAGGUCCACCGAGCAAGAUUGAAAGGCGAUAAAAGCGAUGUUGUUGUCAAGGUGCAACACCCUGGAGUUCAGGACCUGAUGAUGACAGAUAUCCAUAACUUACAAGCUUUUGCAUUAUAUAUGCAAAAAACAGAUAUCAAAUUUGAUCUCUUUUCUGUGACCAAGGAAAUGGAGAAACAGAUUGGAUACGAAUUUGACUUCGUGAGGGAGGCUAAUGCUAUGGAAAAAAUUGGAAGGUUUCUGCGUGAAAGCAACAAAAAGACUCCUGUUGUGGUGCCUAGAGUAGUGAAAGACAUGGUUACUAGGACAGUUUUAGUCAUGGAAUAUAUAGACGGAGUCCCAAUCCUCAAUCUUGGUGAUGAAAUAGCAAAAAGAGGAAUAAAUCCUGAUGGUAACGUUGCAGCAGCAGCAAAGCAGAAAAUUCUCAAGAGUUUAACACUAGCAUAUGGACAAAUGAUUCUGAAGAGCGGUUUCUUCCAUGCAGAUCCUCACCCUGGAAAUAUCUUGAUAUGCAAAGGUUCAGAGGUUGCCCUACUAGACUAUGGGCAAGUAAAGGAUCUCCCAGAUGCGUUGAGGUUUGGAUAUGCUAAUCUUGUUCUUGCCAUAGCAGAUAAUGACCCUAAAAGGGCGGCAGAAAGCUACAGGGAACUUGGCAUAGGCACCUUAAGCAAAUGUGAGAACGAGCAGCAGGAAAUGUUCAGGCUGGCAGAGACAAUGUUUGACACAAAAUUACCCCCUGGAGUGACAAUGCUGCAACCUUUCUCUGAGGAUUCUUCUAUUAAAAAAAUUGCUGUUCAGUCUUUUCCAGAGGAGCUGUUUUCGGUGUUAAGGACGGUGCAUCUAUUGAGAGGACUAAGUGUUGGUCUGGGAAUCAACUACUCAUGUGCCGAACAGUGGAGACCCAUCGCAGAAGAAGCUUUGUACCAAGCUGGAAGAUUGAAAGCCGAGGAUAUAGAACGUAGAUCUCGUCGCCGCGGUUUACUAAGAAGAUUAUUUUGGAGAGACUGAUUGGCUUCAUGAAAAACUUCUUCUUUUCCUUAUUUUCAUAUUACUUAUAUAAGAAGAGUAGGAAAUACCAUUUAAUUGCUGCAUAUACUUGUAUUCAGAAACCACAGCAAGCUCUUAAGAUUUAAUUAAGUGAUGCCUUUUGUUUAAGACCCUCUAUAGAGUUCGUGGACAAGGUUCAGAGCUGAGCCCUUUAAUUUGGCUGGUAUAAAAUAUAAUUUAUUGUAAUUUUUACUACCACUUUUAUAUUGAUAUUGUUAUUGAGCUAUUGUUUAUUAUUA